AUGGAAAAAUAUCACGCUGUUAUUAUGGAUCAGCUCGAAAGAAGCAUAAUUGAAGAAGUCCCUCAUGAAGACAUUCCUAAACCGGCGCACUACCUAUCUCACCACGGAGUGCUCAAAAAAGAAGGCAACGACAUCAAAAUCAGAUGCGUUUAUGACGGUUCUGCUAAAAUGAAAGGAAACCUUAGUCUCAGCGAUAGCCUAUAUCGUGGACCCCUGCUGCUACCCGAUCUUACAGAAUUCCUUCUCCGAAUCCGCUUUGACAAGAUCUUGAUUUCUAGCGAUAUUGAAAAAGCCUUUCUUAUGGUUGGCCUAAACUCUGACAGUCGCGACUACUCUCGUUUCCUUUAG